AUGGUAGUCGAGUAUGGUGUAAUGGGAACACCUAUGGAUGACAUAUGGGUCAUUGGUCAAAAUGGGAGUCGAGUAUGGUGUCAUGUUGCUUAUGGUGUCAUGGUAACACCCAAGGAUGACAUAUGGGUCAGUGGUCAACAUGGUAGUUGCUUAUGGUGUCAUGACGAAGCUACUUUCUUAGAAGCUGAUCAUGAAGGGAAAACGAUGCUUGAAGAAGCAUCUAAAUUGGGACAUUUAGAUUCAAUAUUUGUACUGGGAAUGAUGUUGAUGGCUGAAGGGAGAUAUAGGAAGCAGGAAGCUUUGGACAUGUGGAACAAUACUUACCGCAUAGCAAAAGGUAAGUGA